AACUGAGUCAAACAUCAAGCUUCAAGGAGUCUCUCCACAGCAGCUCUCCAGUGAAGCUCCACAUCCUCCAGACCGACCCUGAAGAUGAGUCCCUCUACGAGCCUGCUGCUACUGCUCCUGCUCGGCCUCUCUCAGGCACUUCCUCUCCAGGAGGAAGGAGACAAUGAAGAAAAAGACCCAGACACCAUCGACAUGACCACGAGGAUUCUGACUGCCAACAACGGCAGCAAUGAGAUCCUGCUGGAAGGAGACCUGCUGGCUCCCAGAACCAGAAACGCCAUCAAGUGCUAUACCCAGAACUGCUUCUGGAAGAAAAACUCCAGCGGCAAGGUGAUGGUCCCCUACGUCGUGAGCAGUGAGUACACCAGCUCAGAGAAGCAGCUGAUCAGCAACGCCUUGGAGGGCUUCCACGGCAAAACCUGUAUCCGCUUCGUCCCCCGUACCAACGAGUACGACUACAUCACCGUGCAGAACCAAGGAGGAUGUUUCUCCUCACUGGGCAGAGUGGGGGGCGUUCAGGUGCUCUCUCUCAGCAGGCCGGGCUGCCUCUACUACGGCAUCGUCCAGCACGAGUUCAGCCACGCUCUGGGCUUCCAGCACGAACAGUGCAGAAGCGACCGUGACAGCUACAUCAGGAUCGUGUGGGAAAACAUCAACCCUUCUCAGGCCUACAACUUCAACAAGCAGGACACCAACAACCUGAACACUCCCUAUGACUACGGCUCCAUCAUGCACUAUGACAAAACCGCCUUCUCCAUCAACGGAAGAGCCACGAUGGUCCCCGUCCCCAACGCUAACGUCCAGAUCGGCCAGAGGCAGGGCUUGUCCUCCUGGGACAUCACAAGGAUCAAUAAGCUCUAUGGCUGCUAGAAACAACACAUCUCAUCUGAAGUUAGCAGUUAUGAAAACAAGUUUCUGUUCAAAUAUUCUUUAAGCACACAGCAGAAUGUAAGACUACAAAUCUGUAAAUUCUCUGGUACUGUACACUUUCAAAUUAAAGCAUGCAUUCAAUA